CUUUUUCGGAAAGCUCAUAAUAAAAGAGCUUUCUUGCUCACACGCUUAUUAUAUUAUUUAUAUGAAUUUGUAUGGAUGCAUAUGUGCUCACUUGAAUGGCCUAUCGCCAAUGACAAGCAACAAGUGGUCAAAGCUUAUUUGUUACAGCUGAUUGUCAAAUUAUCUCUUUAAAGAUAGCUACACCAGUGAGUGCGUGUUCCGAAGUAAAUUAUUAAAACUCUUGCAUAUUAUAAGUAUAUAUUAAAGAAAUGUCGAAAAUAGUUGUGGACAAUGAAUCAGAGGUGAUCGAGCGCCUUGCAACCGAAAUUUCGAGAUGCGCGAAACGAGCAAUUGUUGAAAGCAGCGUCUUUCGCGUAGGACUCUCAGGUGGUUCCGUGUUAAACUUUCUAAGCAAAGCAAUUCCACGUAUUCAAACUGACUUGAGUAAAUGGAAAUUUUUCUUCUGUGACGAGCGAUAUGUUAACGAAACAGAUCCAGAAUCAACUUACGGCACUUAUAAAAUAAAACUGGUACCACAAACAGACCUACAGUUACAUCAAUUUGAACCAAUUAACGUGAAUUUGCCACUAGCGGAAUGUGCCGCUGAUUAUGAGCAAAAAAUAAGAGUAGAGUUCGGUGCAAGCGUUGGUUCAAUUCCUGAGUUUGAUUUGUUACUUCUGGGGAUGGGGCCUGAUGGUCAUACCUGCUCUUUGUUUCCCGAUCACGCGCUACUCGAUGAGAAAACGCUUUUGAUAGCAUCCAUUGCUGAUUCACCAAAACCGCCGCCACAGCGGGUCACAAUGACCUUGCCGCUUAUCAAUAAUGCCAAGUCUUGUAUAUUUGCUAUGUGCGGUGCAAGCAAAGCAGAAAUGGUUAAACGUGUGUUCGUUGAUAAGGAGAGUUUACCAGCUGGAAAAGUUUCGCCUAAAAAUGGUGAACUAGUGCUCAUAUUUGACGCUGAAGCUGGCAAAUAUAUACAAAAAUAAAUCAUCUUACGCUAAUAUGGAAAUCGUAGGCUACAUCUGUACAUACAUAUCUCCAUAAUUUCAAAAUAAUAUUUUGCGCUUGUAAUAUUAAUAAAUUUAAUAAACAAUAGGUAGUAUAUUUUAAAAUCUAUAAUACAAAAAUUUGGCAAGCUGUAACAGCACCCGCUGUUUUAAAAAUCACAUGAAUAAAAUGGUUAACCGGUUAAA